GGUGUUCCCCGAGGGAUUCGAUUCCGUAGCCAUCCGUGCUCAGAGGUGUUGCGGCAAAGUGUGUUGCGCCUCGCGGUUGCAGCAGAUGCGCCGCUGCCAACAGCUGCUUACAAGGCGGUGGCACUCGUCUGUGCUGGACACCAUUGGCAACACCCCGCUCAUUGAAUUCCCAACGCUUUCGCGCUUCACAGGCGCCACGAUCUUGGCCAAGUGUGAGCACCUGAAUCCUGGUGGCUCCGUAAAGGAUCGCGCGGCAAAAUGGAUCGUCGAGGCCGCUGAAAGAGACGGAGUGCUGAGGGCUGGUGAUACCAUAGUCGAGGGCGGUGGUGGGAACACCGCUAUCGGUCUUGCACUCGUCGCCGCUGCAAAGGGCUACAAAGCAGUAAUGACAAUGCCGGAGGGCACCUCUGUGGAGAAGCGCCGUGCUGUUGAGCUGUACGGAGCGGAGGUGGUGCUGGCGCCGGCGGUGCCAUUUACUGACGAGCGUCAUUAUUUUCAUGCUGCGGUUCGGAUCGCCAGGGAACGAGAACGACAUACCUUUACAAAUCAGUUUGAGAACCUUGCCAACAGUCAAGCUCACUAUGAGUCUACUGCACCCGAGCUCUGGGAGGAGACAGCGGGAACGAUCGAUGGCUUUAUCUGCUCUUGCGGCACUGGCGGGAGCAUUAGUGGAGUGGCCUCCAGGUUGAAGGAACUAAAUCCGAAUGUGCAGUGCUGGAUAAUCGAUCCCCCUGCCUCUGGUCUUUUGCCUCUAAUUCAGCAAGGUCAGUCCUACGAGAUCACUGCGACAUCCCCGUCAAGCGGUCUCACGCGGUUCCCGACCGAUGAUGUCGUUCGUACCAUCGCUCGCUCCGCUGGCACCGCUCCCGCAUUCGAGGGGAUAGGCAUCGAUCGAGUCACUGGGAACUUUGCCCGCGCCUUCGAUGCUGGACUUAUCGACGGGGCACUCGGUGGUAACAGCCGAGAGGCGGUCGAGAUGGCCUAUUAUUUGAAGCACGUUGAGGGUGUGGCCCUCGGUGCCUCCGCUGCGCUUAAUGUUGUCGGCGCCGUGAAGCUUGCCAAACGACUGGGGCCCGGGAGCGUCGUGGCUACCCUGCUCUGUGACGGGGCCGAGAGAUAUGCGUCGAAGUUGUUGGCAAGAGAGUGGCUGGAGGCGAACGAUCUCGUGCCUACAUCGGGAGCUGGCCCCGAGCAUUUCUUAGAUGUUUGACAGGGCGGGAUACCUGCUUGUUGCUUGUGGACGGCCAGCAGUCGGCAACAACAUCGAAGGAGGAGCAUUGGACUGCUGGGGAUUGCUGGGAACUGCUGAGGGCUUCUGGGGUGUUUCCAACGGUUACCUUUGGGGUGAAGGGUUUUACCACGGGCUACGGGUCGUCGAGCCUCGUGUCUCAGGGCCUGCUUCCAGAUCUUCG